AUGACUUUUACAAAGAAAAACGUGAGCGUAUCACAAGGUCCAGACCCAAGAAACUCCAUCCAAACUGAAAGAGCCAACUCCAAGUUUGAUCCUCAAGUUAUGAAUUACUUCUUGGAAGGUUCCGUCGAAAGAAGUGAAUUGAUGAAGUCUUUGGCACAACAAAUGGAAAGAGACCCAAUCUUGUUCACCGAUGGUUCCUACUAUGAUUUGACUAAAGAGCAACAAAGAGAAUUGACUGCCGUUAAGAUUAACAGAAUCUCAAGAUAUAGAGAACAAGAAUCCAUUGAUACUUUCAACAAAAGAUUAUCCUUGAUUGGUGUUUUCGACCCACAAGUCGGUACCAGAGUUGGUGUCAAUCUCGGUUUGUUCCUUUCUUGUAUCAGAGGUAAUGGUACUGCCGCUCAAUUGAAAUACUGGGCUGGUGACAAAGAAACCGCCAAUAUCAAGGGUCUCUAUGGUUGUUUCGGUAUGACCGAAUUGGCCCAUGGUUCCAACGUUGCUGGUUUGGAAACCACUGCUACCUUUGAUAAAGAAACUGAUGAAUUUGUUAUCAACACCCCACACAUUGGUGCUACUAAAUGGUGGAUUGGUGGUGCUGCACACUCUGCCACUCAUUGUUCUGUUUACGCUAGAUUGAUUGUUGAUGGUGAAGACUAUGGUGUUAAAACUUUUGUUGUCCCAUUGAGAGAUUCCAACCAUGACCUCAUGCCUGGUAUUUCUGUUGGUGAUAUUGGUGCCAAGAUGGGUAGGGAUGGUAUCGAUAAUGGUUGGAUUCAAUUCUCCAACGUCAGAAUCCCAAGAUUUUUCAUGUUGCAAAAAUUCUGUAAAGUUUCUGCCGACGGUGAAGUUAUCUUGCCUCCAUUGGAACAAUUGUCCUACUCUGCUUUAUUGGGCGGUAGAGUCAUGAUGGUUUUGGACUCUUACAGAAUGUUGGCCAGAAUGUCCACCAUUGCAUUGAGAUAUGCCAUUGGUAGAAGACAAUUCAAAGGAGAUAAUGUUGACCAAAAGGAUCCAAACGCUUUGGAAACUCAAUUGAUUGACUAUCCAUUGCACCAAAAGAGAUUGUUCCCAUACUUGGCUGCCGCCUAUGUUAUCUCUGCUGGUGCUUACAAGAUUGAACAAACCAUCGACAGUACUUUAGCUCAAUUGGACGAAGCUGUUGAAAAGAAUGACGAAAAGGCUAUCUUUAAAUCCAUCGAUGACAUGAAAUCCUUGUUUGUUGAUUCUGGUUCAUUGAAAUCUACUGCUACUUGGUUGGGUGCCGAAGCUAUUGAUCAAUGUAGACAAGCAUGUGGUGGUCACGGUUACUCCUCAUACAAUGGUUUUGGUAAAGCCUACAACGAUUGGGUUGUUCAAUGUACUUGGGAAGGUGACAACAAUGUUUUGGCUAUGAGUGUUGGUAAACCAAUUGUUAGACAAGUCAUCAGUAUUGAAGAUUCAGGUAAACCAGUUAGAGGUUCUACUUCCUUCUUGAACCAAUUGAAAGAAUACACUGGUUCUAAUGCUUCUAAAGUUGUUUUGAAUAAUGUUGCCGAUUUGGAUGAUGUCGAAAAGGUCAUUAAGGCUAUUGAAGUUGCCAUUAUUAGAUUAUCUCAAGAAGCUGCUUCUAUUGUCAGAAAGGAAUCCUUUGACUAUGUUGGUGCUGAAUUGGUUCAAAUUUCUAAAUUGAAAGCUCACCACUACUUGUUAACUGAAUACACCAGAAGAAUUAAUGAAUUUGAUCAAAAAGACUUGGUCCCAUACUUGCGUACACUUGCUAAAUUAUAUGCUGCCACUAUUGUCUUGGAUAGAUUUGCUGGUGUUUUCUUGACAUUCAAUGUUGCAUCUCCUGCUGCUAUUAGUUCAUUGGCGUCUGUUCAAAUUCCAAAAUUAUGUGCCGAAGUCAGACCAAACGUUGUUGCUUAUACUGAUUCCUUCCAACAAUCUGAUAUGUUUGUUAACUCUGCUAUUGGUAGAUAUGAUGGUGACGUUUACGAAAACUACUUUGACUUGGUUAAAACAUUAAAUCCACCAUCCAAGACCAAAGCUCCAUACUCUGCUGCUUUGGAAGGUAUGUUGAACAGACCAUCCUUGGAUGAAAGAGAAAGAUUUGAAAAAUCUGAUGAAACUGCUGCUAUUUUGUCCAAAUAA